AUGCAAACAGUCAACUUGAACCAUGAUGAAAUGUUGAUCGCUGCUCUAUUUUCACUUGAUCAUCGAGACAUGUUGCUCGGGAACAUCUUCCCCUUCUGUUCCAAGUCUCAAUUAAUUGGAGAAAUAAUGCUCGUCUGCAAAAGAUGGUUCAAUAUCGGUUUGGAGGUGGAAAUACAUUUCAAACAUAAACAAUCAUUCAAUUGUGAAAUCAAGUAUCAUUAUACUUGGGUGGACUAUUGUCAAUCAUUAUCGAGUCACUUUGUUACCGAGUUGAAUUUCAUCAAACCAAAAGUGGAAACCAUAGAGACAAUGAUCAGCAGUUCAUCUUUUACAAAAUUAAAAAAGUUAAGGAUGGGUUGCUGUGGUAAUGAAGAGGAUAAUUGCAUAAUCAUAUUGGAAUUGAUUGAAAAAUCAGAGUUUGCCAAUCGUGUUAACUUCCUCGAAUUGGAAAGCUUUAAAAUGGGAGAUGAGGGGAUAAAAAUCAUUGCAGAAGGUACUAAAUUCAAAAAUUUAACUAAAUUGAGCCUAUGGUUCUGCAAUAUCACUCUUGAGGGGUUUAAAAUGUUGGCAUCCAAUUCUAAAUUUUCAAAACUUGUAAAACUAACUUGUACAGAACUAGGUGAUGAGGGAUUCAAAUACUUUUGCCAAAGUCCACACUUUUCCAAUAUUGAAUAUCUCAAUGUUGGCCUCGGUUCGCUUUCUAAUUUAGGCAUGCAAUAUUUCGCCUCGAGUCCAUACUUGAAAAAAGUCAAAACCUUACUAUUGGACAGUAAUGAUUUUACUGCUGAAGGAGUAAAAUCAAUAUGUCAAAGUGAUAACAUACAAAGUGUAGAAUAUUUGGAAAUGGAAUACUCUCCAAUAGGAGAUGAUGGAGUGAAAUAUUUGGCUGAAAGUCCAAAGAUGAGAAAUUUGAAAUGUUUAGGAAUUGCUUCAACUGAUACAGGAAACCAAAGUGCAAGAUAUAUUGUGGAUUCACCAUAUUUGGAAAACCUUUGUGAGCUCUAUUUCGAGCACGAUUUUUAUUUGGAUCCCUUUUAUUAUGGACAGGUUAUCGCUGAAGAAGGAGAGCAAUUAUUGGCAAAAUUUAACAAGCAAAAAAUCAACACUGAGGCAGGGUUAUAA